CCUUCCGGUUGAUACCGUGUGCAACGCGCGUCUGAGGACAUUGCCCACAAAAUCAAGAGCUCCAAGAGACACAUUUCCAUUCCAUCAUGGACCUUCUCAGAUCUGUCCUCGAGUGUUUCGGGGGAGCUCAAGACAACAAUCUCCCACCUUAUCCCGUCGACGUCAAAGCCAACGACACGCACCGACAAGUCGAGCCCGCCGACGAAGAGCAGCUCGCGUCCUCGAUCCUCUCCGUUCUCUUCACGGCCGAGAAACCCGGUCGGGAGCUCGAGACCCGUCUCAAAGACGUCGUACACACAAACGGCUGGUAUGAAGGGCUGGCGAAGCGCGUCCUGGACGGCCUCGUUGCGGCUCUGCAGUCAGGGAAAGCCAUGGGCGGUGCUAUCAAGGAAGCAUAUGACAAAGCCCAUGCCAUCGGCUCCGAGUUUGUGCGAGAACACCCAAUCCUCACCGCAGCGAUACUUACCGUUGUGGCUAUCGGGAUCCUGGUCUACCUUGCCCCAUGGGUCAUCGAGGCCUUAGGGUUCGGAGAGCUUGGACCAGCCGAAGGUUCCUUUGCGGCCCUUUGGCAAUCGACCUUUCCGGACGUCGAGGCUGGCUCGUGGUUUGCCUGGUUCCAGAGACUCGGAAUGAAAUGGGGGACGAAGGCCUAAGGCGUGCUGAGAGUAUUCCAGGGAACAGAGCGGCCAUGCGAGGACGAGUGCGUCGGAGUAAAGAUUCCUUGACAGCGGGGAAAUGGCAAGUCAGGCUGAGGGAUCCUCUUGAGCAGACCCAGGCCACUUUCCAUAUACAAGGUUGGGGGCGAGGAAGAAUGGACCCGGACCAACCCUGUAAAGUUGUUGCCCGAGAAAUCUGCCUCCGGUCUGGACGGCCGUGGACGACCUACUGCUUCGGGCAGAAUCGUGGGCGAGGCAUGCCGCCGGUUUUGAUAUUAAGGGGGGGGGUAAUAUGAACGGGCCCCGGGUUUCUCGUACGGAAGUCAGUUACGCAGCCACAAGCAAGGAAGCCUUGCCAAGCACAAUCUUGCACUUCCUUGCACCGCCCACCCACCA